CGGCGCUGAGGGGCUGCAGCGCUGCCCAAGCGCCUGAGGCGGGCACAGCCGCGGGGUCCGGGGCAGACGAGGCAGCAGCGGCGGGAUUUGCGCCACUCCGGAGGAUUUAGCUCAGCCCUUCCUGCGCUGCGUCAAAUCCUGUCCUUAGUUUAACCCCUUUGAACAAAAUCAGCCUGCUCCUCUGAAAACGUAACGAUUUCUUUCUUUUUUUUUAAUUUAAAGGUCCUGCUUUUGCAAACAACCCACAAAGGUUCGUGACGUGCUUCUGCAGCGACUUCUGCGCCGUCAGGGCUUUUCCCCAGGCGGGAAGUGUCUCCCCGGGCCGGGUGGAGGGAAAGCGGGACAAGGAGGCUCCAAGCUUGGCACAAAUCCCAGGCAGCCUUUCCACCCUCCUGCAAAGUGCCGAGUGUCCUGCGCUGAGCCUGGCUGCUCCAGCUUCCUGGGGGAGGAGGUGUUUGUUCUCUGGGCAGCGCUGUCUGCCCGCGGGGGAAGUUUUGGAGUUGUUUUGGGAUGAAGGACUGUUCCUGGUGCGGGGGUACUUUGGGGUGCUGGCAGUGAUCGCCGUGCCCCCCCAGCAGCCAUGGAGUAUGUCAGCACACGGGGAGGCACGGGGGCCGUGGACUUUGAGGGAGCCCUCUUCUCUGGCUAUGCACCCGAUGGGGGGCUCUUCAUGCCCCAGCGCAUCCCCUCGCUGGACAGGGACAUCCUGCAAAGGUGGAGCACUCUGUCCUACCCUGAGCUGGUCAAGGAGCUGUGCUCCCUCUUCGUCCCGGCCACGCUGGUCCCACGGAAUGCGCUCAAUGAGCUGAUCGACAAGGCCUUCAGCAGAUUCAGGCACAAGAAUGUUGUGCAUCUGUCCAGGCUGAAAGAUGGGCUGAACAUUUUGGAGCUCUGGCAUGGUGUUACGUAUGCAUUUAAGGACCUGUCCUUGUCCUGCACAGGACAGUUUUUACAGUAUUUCUUGGAGAAAAAGCGGAAGCAUGUCAAUAUUCUGGUGGGAACUUCAGGGGACACAGGGAGCUCAGCCAUCGAGAGCGUGAGAGGGCAGAAGAAUGUGGACAUCUUUGUUCUGCUGCCCAAGGGGUUCUGCACCCAGAUACAGGAACUACAGAUGACCACUGUCAUUGAAGACAACGUCCACGUCUUUGCUGCUCAUGGGAACAGCGAUGAAAUCGAUGAGCCAAUCAAGGAACUGUUUGCUGAUGUCGAUUUUGCUGGAAAAUACAACCUGAUGAGCUUGAAUUCUGUCAAUUGGUCCAGGAUUAUGGUGCAGAUUGCCCACUACUUCUAUGCUUACUUUCAGUGCACCCCAUCCCUGGAUACCACCCAGCUGCCAAUAGUGGAAAUUGUUGUGCCAACGGGAGGAGGAGGAAAUAUCACGGCUGGCUGUAUUGCCCAGAAAAUGGGUCUCCCAGUUCGACUUAUUACUGUGGUGAACAGCAAUGACAUAAUUCAUAGGACUGUUCAACAUGGAGAUUUCUCAGUGGCAGAGAGUGUGAAGGCUACGUUAGCAUCAGCCAUGGAUAUCCAGGAGCCUUACAACGUGGAGAGGAUCCUCUGGCUGCUCUCGGGCUCUGACAGCCACCUGAUAAAAACUCUGAUGGAGCAAUUCAACAUCUCAAAAAGGCUGAAGCUGCCAGAGGAUUUGCACAGAAAGCUCUCAGAGACCCUGGGAUCGUGCUCAGCCUCUGACCAGGACAUUGUGGGAGCCAUGCGGCGCUGCUGGGAGGAGAACCAGUACCUGCUGUGCCCCCACUCUGCCGUGGCUGCUCACUACCACUUCUCACAGCCACACAGCAUCCCCCGGUGUUGCCUGGCUCCAGCUUCUGCAGCCAAAUUUCAGGAUGCCCUUCUCCGAGCUGGCCUGGUUCCCCAGAUCCCCCCUGAAAUCACUGCUCUGACAGCAAUGGAGACCAGGUCCACUCCCCUGGAGCGGGGACAGGACUGGGCACAGGUGCUCCGGGGCCGGAUCGAAGCUGUGGCACAGCAGUGGGAGGCACAGAUGGGUCGGUCAGCACCCCAGGGCAGGUAGUCACACAGACCUGACUACUGGGCACAGCUGGACAAUGCCUCCCAGGGCUCAUUCUCCACUCUCAGAAAAGCCCUGUCUUGUGCUGGGAGUCUCCAUGCAAUGAUUUAUUGUCAAUAAUUCACUUCCUUGUGUAAUUGGACUAUCUUAUAACAUUUUCAGUAAAGAGUUCAAUUAUAUGGACAAUUUCAUAACAUUUUCAGUGAAGAGCACUGCAAUUGUGUCCCUCUUUCCUAAUAAAUCAGAAAAAACUGAUUAAAA